UGGCGGCGGCCGCCUGAGCCGGCGGGCGGCGCGGCACGUCGCGGCGGCGGGGCCCUUCCGGCGCCGCUCCCCUCUCGCUGCGGCUCGUCCGCGCGGCGGCCCGGCGCGCCAUGGACAGGCCGGUGGCGGCGGUGGCGGCUGCGGCGGCGGCGGCUGGCAGCGAGGGCGGCGGGGGCCCGGGCCCGGGCUCGGCGGGCGGCAGGAAGCCCCCUCGGGGCGCUGGGGGCCCCGCUGCCGGCUCCCGGCAGCCCAGCGUGGAGACCCUGGACAGUCCUACAGGAUCACAUGUUGAAUGGUGUAAACAGCUUAUAGCUGCUACAAUUUCUAGUCAGAUUUCAGGUUCAGUGACGUCAGAAAAUGUAUCCAGAGACUACAAGGUUUUCAGGAGGCCUGAUAUAAGGAAUAUGCAUAAAGCGAGACAAAGAUUGGAGAUUCAGGAAGAACACAAUGGCUACCCUUCUGAAGCCGAAGCUGAUCAGGUGGCCCUAAGAGAUGGAAAUAAGCUGGCACAGAUGGAAGAAACGCCACUUUUUCCAGGAGAAUCCAUCAAGGCCACUGUGAAAGACGUUAUGUACAUCUGCCCAUUUAUGGGCGCAGUAAGUGGAACCCUGACCGUGACGGACUUCAAGAUGUACUUCAAGAAUGUAGAGAGGGACCCGAAUUUUGUCCUCGAUGUUCCCCUUGGCGUGAUCAGCAGAGUUGAGAAGAUUGGUGCGCAGAGCCACGGUGACAAUUCCUGCGGGAUAGAGAUCGUGUGCAAGGAUAUGAGGAACUUGCGACUUGCUUAUAAGCAGGAAGAACAGAGUAAACUUGGGAUAUUUGAAAACCUCAACAAACUUGCAUUUCCUCUUUCCAAUGGGCAGACACUCUUUGCAUUCAGCUACAAAGAAAAAUUUCCCAUGAAUGGGUGGAAAGUUUAUGAUCCUGUAUCUGAAUACAAGAGACAGGGCUUGCCAAACGAGAGCUGGAAAAUAUCGAAAGUGAACAGUAACUAUGAGCUCUGUGACACCUACCCUGCUGUCAUUGUUGUGCCAACUAGUGUGAAAGAUGAUGACCUUUCAAAAGUGGCAGCCUUCCGAGCAAAAGGCAGAGUCCCGGUUUUGUCGUGGAUCCAUCCAGAAAGUCAGGCAACGAUUACCCGUUGCAGCCAGCCACUGGUGGGUCCCAACGACAGACGCUGCAAAGAAGACGAAAAAUACUUGCAGACGAUCAUGGACGCCAAUGCGCAGUCCCACAAGCUUAUCAUCUUCGAUGCCCGGCAGAACAGCGUCGCCGACACGAACAAGGCCAAGGGCGGAGGGUACGAAAGUGAAAGCGCUUACCCCAACGCGGAGCUCGUGUUCUUGGAGAUCCACAACAUCCACGUGAUGAGAGAGUCCCUGCGCAAACUGAAGGAGGUCGUGUACCCUUCCAUUGAUGAGGCACGGUGGCUCUCCAGCGUGGACGGGACGCACUGGCUGGAGUAUAUAAGGAUGCUUCUUGCUGGGGCAGUAAGGAUCGCCGAUAAGAUAGAGUCUGGGAAAACGUCGGUGGUGGUGCACUGCAGCGAUGGCUGGGACCGGACCGCCCAGCUGACGUCUCUGGCGAUGCUGAUGUUGGACAGUUACUACCGCACCAUUAAAGGCUUCGAGGCGCUCAUAGAAAAGGAGUGGAUAAGCUUCGGACAUAGGUUUGCGCUGAGAGUGGGCCACGGCAACGACAACCACGCAGAUGCUGACCGAUCCCCUAUAUUUCUUCAGUUCAUUGAUUGUGUUUGGCAAAUGACAAGACAGUUUCCGUCGGCAUUCGAGUUUAAUGAGCUGUUCCUGAUCACAAUUUUGGACCAUCUAUAUAGCUGUCUCUUCGGGACUUUUUUGUGCAACUGUGAACAGCAACGGUUCAAAGAGGAUGUAUAUACGAAGACUAUAUCUUUAUGGUCCUAUGUCAAUAGCCAGCUUGAAGAAUUUUCUAAUCCUUUCUUUGUGAAUUAUGAAAACCACGUCUUGUAUCCUGUUGCUAGUCUGAGUCACUUGGAACUAUGGGUAAACUACUAUGUGCGCUGGAACCCACGAAUGCGGCCUCAGAUGCCCGUCCACCAGAAUCUCAAGGAGCUGCUGGCCAUCAAGGCGGAGCUGCAGAAGCGCGUGGAGGACCUGCAGCGGGAGUUGGCCACGCGCGCCUCGUCCUCAUCGGAGCGGGGCUCCUCGCCGUCCCACUCGGUCACCCCCGUCCACACCUCCGUCUGAGGGGCGCCCAAGGCCAGCACUCGUGGUGACUCCGGCCGGCCAGGACCUCCCGCUCGGCGGCUCAGGCACGGGAUGGUAGCUUGUGAUCUUGUCUUUUAGGAUUAGGCCCGAUGUCCUCCCAGUCUGGAAGGCACUUCCCCCCGGCGACCCUUUGUGUGGCUAGGUGACCACUCCCACUGUCAUCAAGUGCUUUGUUUUGUGAACCAUUUCCCUCGGGUCCAUGCUCUGCUGCGACGGCCAACUCGCCGCGGCUCCAGGGGUGGGCGCGAGGUGGAGGGGUAAGGGGUCCCCCGUUUCUUUCUGAGGUAAGCCCUUCAUUUUCAGAACCCCCUAGUCCCUUACAGACCGCGCUGGCCAUGGGGCUGCUUUCAGCCCUUCGCUAGGGCUCCACGAGCGUUUGGACCUGACUGUGACGUCGGGUGCAGCGCCGUUGCCAGGCCUCCGGCCCUCGUCGCGCCCAGGGCCUUCUGCACCCGUUACUGUUGUGUACAUAGAAGGUAUUUUUAAAAAAAGAGAAACAUGCCUUUAUUUUCCUAUGUCCUUUUUUAUGUUUAGACUAGUCACCUGAGGCGGCUUCUGCUUAACUGGACUGGGUGAGACCUUGUCAAACAAGGCUCGAGCCAACUUCCUGCGGUACACCUGCAGCAGGGUUGGAAUAGGGUCGCUGGACCAGUGGGGUCCCCCCCCCCCCCGGACACAGGUGCUUGCCUCCUGAGGCUGCUCCAGGCCGGUGGCAACAGCAGCAGCGGUUCCCACCCCCCACCCCCGCCCGGGGAUGGCGGGACCCCGCACUGGGCCUCCUCGGGGGUCCUCCCGGGGCCGUCUGUCUGCUGCUCCCUGGCUGCCGCGCCUCACCCCUGCCGUCCCUCUCUGCUGCUGUUCACACCCGAGCGAGCCCGCCCUCCCCUCUUAGCUGCCCAGCGGCAAGGGUUCUCCUGUCCUGGAGACCCCUGUCUGGCUCCGCCCCCCUGCUGCUCCGCGACACGCCGCCACCGUGCUCCCUGGCUUGCUCCCCCUCACCGGGCCGGCGUGGCGGGGGUGGGGAGGGGGUGGCGGGGCCCCAGGGGCCUGUGCUACCACCCACUCUGCCCACUGGGGGCCCCCCACCCCGGCCAGCCCCAGCCAUGCCCACCCCAUCGACAAGCAGCACAACAGCCCCUUUCCUCUGUGUGCGCCUGGCACACAACCGUCUCUAACACAACUUGAAGCGCGCCCUUGUUGCCUAAGCGGUUCUUUUAUUUAAGUGUACUAGAAUGUAAAACGGUCAUGGCUCCGAUUUUUAAAAACCGGUACAGUAUUGUAUUCGCCCCAUCUGAUACACUGCAUUUCGAUCUGUAAUUAAAAUAAUAUGUUUGCUC